GAACAUCAUCAACUGUAUCACUCAUCAAUGCGUGGAUAUCCAUAACGGGGCAACGCAAUAUACAAAAAUACCGUUCUAUUGCAUAUUUAGGGGGUUUCACCUUAAUUGCAUUCGCUACAAUAUGGUUCUUGUCACAUUCACCGACAUAUAAAAUCGAAUAUGAAUCAAAAAAAAAAUCCGAAAAAUCCGAAAAAUCCAGUAAAAAAAGCGAUGGUAAAAAUAAGCCGGGCAAGCAUGUCAACAACACGAACAAAAGUUCUUGGUGGUCUGCUAUCCGUGAAAAAAUAACUAGCAAGUUAGGAUUUGGCAGGAAAUCAAAGUCGCAAAAAAAUGCAACGAAAAAACCUUCGAGUUCAAGGAGCAAUAAUUCGAACGGUUACAAUAAAAACAAAUCAGAUGGUAAAAAACGAAACUUUGGACUGUGUGGAUCUGAUACCAAGUCAAAUAGUUCGAUUGGCUCAAGUCAUGACGCAAAACUUGCAAGUAUAACAAAGAAUGAUGAUCCAAUUAGCAAGAAAAUUCAAGAUAUUCGAAUUGGAUCCGGCGGUAAUGGUAGCUCCUGCAAUAGUAAUACUAGUAAUGAUAGCAUGCGACAAAAGGUUCAGAUGAAUAAAAAAUUUCGGAAUGGAUCUUGUGUUGACAGUAACGUAUCUAUCAACAACCCUAGCAAUGAUGGUUUGCAAAAAAAGGACUUUCGGGGAAUCCAAGUUGGAUUGCCCAAUAGCAACUUUAAUUAUAAUAGUAAUGUAGCCAAACAGCAACCUUUACGAAAAUUGAAGUUAAAUGCUCAAGGGGUUCGUCCUUCUGAUUCUUCUAGAUAUUAUAAAAUGCCAUCGAGAAGUGUGGAAAACAAAUACUGGUCAGGUGAUCAUUCCAAGACCAGAUCAGCACCGCCUAUUCACGACGUUAAAUGUCCCAAGAAUUCCUUAUGUCAAGACAUGGAUAAUAAGGAAUCAAGUCGUCAACUUACUGAUAUGGAAAUGAGGAUUACAGAGACGGUCAAAAAAAUAAACUCGAUCGAACUUCAAGUCGGAGAAAAAGAUCGAGAAUUUUACAUUCCUUACGAACCACUGACAUUACAUGAAACUUCAGAUAAAAUUGCGCAAGAGCGUGUUGAACGUUACAAACAACUUUUGAUAAAACUCAGGAAACAAAACCAACAAGAUUUAAACUUUGAAUUUACUCUUGAAAAAGUUCAAGAGAAUUUUCAUGAAAAAAAAUAUUAUAUAUUAUUCGAAGAAGAUGACGAUGACAAUUACUUUGAAGAAAAAAAACGAGCCGAUCAAUCUGAUGAGCACAAUGAUUUCUUUGACAGUAUGGAAACCAAAAUCACAGGAAAGGAUAACGUCAAUUGCGACAAGAUUCCAAGUCUUACCGAUGUACUUGCACAAGAUGAACAAGCAUCUAAGAAGAGAAUUGAACGAAACUUCGAAAUUCUAAAGAUGCUUGAAUCAUAUCAACAACAAGGCAAAGAGACUGAAGCGAACAUCAAAAAAUCGAUUGAGAUGUUCCAUGAACAAAAUGCCCAAUGUAAAGGGGCAACGCGACAUUUAAAGCGGCCCUCAAGAUUCCAUGACGAGUUCGAUAGGUUCGAAGACCGAAUGAUGGAUGUCAAACAACAAGCCAAAUAUCUAGCAAUAGGUCUAGAUGACAUGGAUUUGUACAUUAAGGAGACUCUUGAACUCUCUUAUGAUGAUGAUAAAAUGGACAUUGCAGUGACCAAACAUGGUUCUAUAUUAAUUGAUGAUGAUUAA